UCGAUCGUCGCCGUCUCCUCGUGCCGAUCCACCGCUGCUCUGCUGGCGUCAGCGCCUAGGGUUUCCCCUCCCGCGCUCUCCCCAUGGCCCUCCGCGACUCCACCUCCGAACCCGAUGACCGCGGCGACGGCGACGGCGACAUGAGCGGCGAGGAGGAGAAGAAACUCGCCGCGAAGCCGCUGCUGUCGGGCCCGGGCCCGUCCCCGUCCCCCUCCGCGGAGACGCAGGCGCAGGAGAGCGUCGAGGAGCUCGACCGGAGGUACGCGCCGUACGCGAGGCGGGACGCGUACGGGACGAUGGGCCGGGGCCCCCUGGGCGCGGCGGAGGCGGCGCGGCUGGCGGUGGGAGCGGCCGUGCUCUUCCCGCUCCGGCUGGCGGCGGGCGUGCUCGUGCUCGUCGCCUACUACCUCGUGUGCCGCGUGUGCACGCUGCGGGUGGAGGAGGACCGCGAGGACGGGGAGGGGGAGGGGUACGCGCGGCUCGAGGGGUGGAGGCGGGAGGGCGUCGUGAGGUGCGGCCGCGCGCUUGCUCGCGCCAUGCUGUUCGUCUUCGGCUUCUACUGGAUCCGCGAGUACGACUGCCGCUUCCCUGAUGCAGCUGAUGAGGAUGAGCAUCAGGAACAGGACAAAGAAUUGGGAAGACCGGGGAUAGUAGUAUCUAACCAUGUAUCUUAUGUGGAUAUUCUUUAUCACAUGUCAUCUUCCUUCCCAAGCUUUGUUGCCAAGAGAUCAGUGGCCAGAUUGCCGAUGGUUGGUCUCAUAAGCAAAUGCCUUGGAUGCAUUUUUGUUCAGCGGGAAUCUAAAACCUCAGAUUUCAAAGGUGUUUCAGGUGCUGUGACAGAGAGAAUCCAACGGGCUCAUCGACAGAAGAAUUCUCCAAUGAUGCUACUUUUCCCAGAAGGCACAACUACAAAUGGUGAUUAUCUCCUUCCUUUCAAGACAGGAGCUUUUCUUGCAAAAGCACCAGUGAAGCCGGUCAUUUUAAGAUAUCCUUACAAGAGAUUUAGUCCAGCAUGGGAUUCGAUGUCUGGGGCUCGCCAUGUCUUUCUGCUCCUUUGUCAAUUUGUAAAUUACCUUGAGGUGGUCCAUUUGCCUGUGUAUUACCCGUCUGAGCAAGAGAAGGAAGAUCCUAGGCUGUAUGCAAAUAAUGUACGGAAAUUGAUGGCAGUGGAGGGGAACUUGAUUCUUUCUGAUCUUGGGCUAGCCGAGAAGCGUGUGUACCAUGCAGCAUUGAAUGGAUUAUUAUGUCAAAGCUAAUCUGGACAUGCCUGCUGUUAAUUUUCCUAUUUGUCCCUGAAACAUUAUUGUACAUGAUCUGAAGUCAAAGUUUGCCAUUAAUUUUUCUCACCAAGGGAUCCUUUGUAGAUGACCACACAAUUUUGCAGCAAGAAUCAGCUAGGUUUUAAACCACAGGAGUUAAUACAUAGUGUUCAAAGGGGUUACCACAGAAAUUAUAGAAACUUCCGUUUUCCUACAGCACAGGAUCAUGUUUAGUGUUGAUGUGUCAUCAACCAUGUUGUAUCUGGUGUACCUUCCCAACUAGCGAAUGUAAUAGUUUUUAUGGUUACCU